AUGCACGAAUCCCUUUCUGCUGUUUCUUUGCGCUCCGAAUCUACGAUGAGUCAAGUCUCCAACUCAUCUCUCUCAUCGCCACGGAUCGAGAGUAGGCGAAUUAAGACCUUCUAUAGAAGUUAUACUCCCAAGCAAGCUAAGAAGGUUAUUGGUUUGAGCGUAUCGCCCACCUCCCAUUCUCCAUCGCCCAAACAGCGGAAUACACCACAACAGAACCGUAAGGAGGCUCAUAAUAUCAAGGAAGAAGGCCAUGGCAAUAAGGAGCCACGACAAGAUGUAGAAAUGUCCCCACAUUCUAAUUCCGGCCCCACUGAACCACCCUUAUAUAUUCUACCAAGGGAUGAUCGUAAGAAGAUUUCGGUGAAUCUGGAGAAAAACUUUAUACGGUUUUCAACACCGGGAACGUGUAAUCAUACAAGCGUUAUGGUCAAUAACGGCUGCGAUUUGCGAUCAACUCAAGAAAAUGUUUUUUAUUUUGAGGCACAAGUCAUUAGAUGUAUCAAGAACAUUUCUAUUGCUAUCGGAUUCAGUAGUAAGGACGGAUACUAUCAUGGUUUUCCUGGAUUUGAUGAAAUAUCAUUUGCCUAUCAUGGAGACUCGGGUUCUAUUGUGCACGACUCGAAAUAUAUCGAAAUUCAACAGCCCUUCAAGGCGUCCGAUACUAUUGGAGCAGGAGUUAUUCUCCCUGAGAGACAUUUAUUCUUUACGCUUAAUGGAUCAUUAUUAGGAAAAUUUUAUGAUUUGACUUCGUUAGAAGAAAUUAUAACAAGUAAGGAAGAGGCCAAACUAACAGAAGCCUCUGAUAUUGAACAUGUUGAGCGUACCAAAGUAAAAUAUAUAUACUCUGAGGGUGUUGGAAUUAUAAAAGGAAGUUGGAUAGAAGGACCAACGCUGUCACUUGAAACUACGGAUGAUGGUCUGCCUGCUGAAGCAACUAGAGAGCUCGUUGUAAGAGAAAAGAGAGACCAAGCCAUUGAUCAACAAACUAUUAAUUCAUACUUGUCUCAGAACAAUGAACGAGAAGUAAUUAUGGAACCUGAGCAUGAGGAUCCAUUUGUGCUUUAUCCUGUGAUUGGUUUCAAUGCUCCUUGUACUAUUGAGGUGAAUAUUGGUCAACAACCUUUUACUUUUGACGUGACAUCAUUGAACAAAUCGGAGCCAGUCCCUGAACGAACAGAAGUCAUUGGCACAAGCUUUGGGUUUGAUGACGUUGCACUUUCUCCCUCUGUAGGAGGGAAGAAGCCUACUCCAUAUUGCCUGUGGCUUGCAGCCAGCAUCAGAAUGAUCUUCAAAGAACUUCUCAAAGCACUCAUUGAUAAGGGCCUUGACGUCAAUGCAUACUCCAGCCACUUAGGAACACCUUUACAUGUUGCUUGUAAGCAAGGAAAUACCGUAGCCGUUUCUGCUCUUGUAGAGUCGCCAAAUAUCAACAUUAACAUUAUUCAUAAGAAAAAAAGCGCAUGUGAUUACGCUUAUCAUAUUCCUGAAAUAAGAUAUGUCUCCAAAAUGGAGGACGAAAUAUCAAAAAGAAUGACAAUUGUUAAAAAACUAAGAGAACUAGGUUCAGAAAUGAAUAUUCACACUGCUGUCUUUUGUGGAGAUUUCGAGAAAGUGAAGAAAUGUAUUGAGGUCGACAAGGACUAUGUUGAUUGGCAAGAUGAGUUCUACAGGACAUCGCUACAUAUUGCUUGUGCAAUGGGGUAUUUAGACAUUGCUGAGUUUUUACUAAAUAAUGGAGCGUGUUCUAACUUUGGAAAUUUUGUACCCCCGCCCUUACUAAUAGCAGCAGAGUGUCUAAACCCAGAAAUGGUCACACUUCUUUGUCAUCAUAGAGCUGAGUAUAACAUUUUCACAGAAGGAGAAGAUAAACACAUUCUAGAACAUCUAUUAGAAAAGUUUGAUAGAUUUGAAGACACCUCAAAAGAAGAAAUGUUCUACAAAACAAUAGAGGCACUAUGUGCCGCUGGAUCGGACCCAUGUCUCGUGAAAGGUUCUUCUACAGGAUCUUUUAAGGAUCACAGAUGUGCAAUGCUAAUUGCUCUUGACAGACUUAACCUUAAACUUUUUGCUCUGUUUGCAAAAUAUUCAAAGAACGUAAUUAGGAUAAGAGGAGAAUAUGAUGAAAGCCUUUUGCAUUUAAUUUGUAAUUGUAUUUACUAUAACGAAGAUGAAGAAAGAAUUCUGUAUGAGAUGGCCUUGAUUUUGGUGAAAGACCUCUGCGUGGAUAUUACAGCAAAAGACGAGCAUGGAAAUACAUGCGUGCACUUAGCAGCAGGUUCUGGAAUGUCAAACAUCAUCAAACUUUUGCUUCUCUACGGAGCUGAAAUCGAUUCAACUAAUUAUGAUGGAUAUCCGCCUUUGUUCUUGGCUAUUGUCAAUAAGCAGCUUAGAAGCGCCAAAUAUCUAAUCAAGAGAGGUGCGUUCGCUAGUUAUCAAACCAACAAAGGACAAACCAUUCUUCACACUCUUUUUGACGUCAAGGGCAAAAAGAAGGCCCUUUAUUUGUGUGAGCUUAAUAAUGAAGAAAUUGGUUAUUUGGCAGAAUUCUGCGUGAACACGCUAGGAGUGAAUGAAAAUCUAAGAGACCACGUACAAAAAACUGCCCGAGACUAUGCCAUUGAAAACGGCCUUUCCAAAUAUUUCCCAAUCUCAUUCAAAUACAAUUUCAAAUAA